ACACUUGUGAUCAGACUCUCAAAGAGAUCCAAAGCACUUCUUUUUCAAAACAUGGACCAAUCCAUAGUUCUUUCUCUAGCACUAGCCUCACUCUUGGUCGGAGUCGUCUCAGCUCGUGACUGGAACAUCUUGAACCAGCUCAAAGGACUGUCUUCAUCUUCAAGCCAAAACGGUAUUGUUUCUUCAGGGGUCUCGACGAACUUGAAACGUUACUGCGAAAGCUGGAGGAUCAACGUGGAAGUACACAACAUCAGAAACUUCGAUGUGGUGCCUCAGGAGUGCGUGUCGCACGUCAAGAAGUACAUGACGUCAUCGCAGUACGAGGACGACGUGGAGAGAGCCGUUGAUGAGGUCAUCCUUCAUUUCGGGAGCAUGUGCUGUACCAAGACCAAGUGUGAUGGCAUGGACGCUUGGAUCUUUGACAUUGAUGACACGCUUCUCUCUACCAUUCCUUACCACGAGAACAAUGGCUACUUUGGAGGAGAGAAAUUGAACUCUACUAAAUUCGAGGACUGGAUGAGGAAGAGGAAAGCACCAGCAGUGCCACACAUGGUGAAACUGUACCAAGACAUCAGAGAAAGAGGCAUCAAGAUCUUCUUGGUCUCUUCCCGUAAAGAAUAUCUCAGAUCUGCCACCGUUGACAACCUCAUCCAAGCUGGUUACUAUGGCUGGUCCAACCUCAUUCUCAGGGGAAUAGAAGAUGAGCACAAGGAAGUUAAAGAGUACAUGUCAGAGAAGAGAGCAUGGUUGAUGGGUCUUGGUUACAGAGUCUGGGGAGUGAUGGGAAGCCAAUGGAGCAGUUUUGCAGGCUGUCCUCUUCCCAAGAGAACCUUCAAGCUCCCAAACUCCAUCUACUAUGUGGCCUAAAUCAUUACACUGCAAAACUUUGAUUUAAGCUUCUCGGACCAAGAAGAAGCACCCACCCAUGAAUAAGAGAGAAUGGUUUUGAUUGUGAUUCUUAUUUUUGCUUUCCCUUUCAUGUCAUCUUAUAUCAAGAGAUUUAUGAAUAAAAAGUUUUUUUUGUUUU